UUUUACAUUAUUUAUUUCGUAAGCCUUGCUCUUGCUGUUGGCUCUUGCUCGGACCUUCAAUUUCAAUUGGAAGUUGGAAUUUCGGAACCCUGUUUGCCAACAAAAUUAUCCAUUUUUUUUUAUGCUGUAAUUUGGAAGAAUUGGGGGAGCAAGGUUAAUCAGCGGAUUUUCGAAGGGGUUUUCAUCUGUUCCCCUGUAUGAAAUCGAAUUCAAGUUGUUGAAUUUUGUGAUCAAGUCUUGGCAUGAUGAAUACCGAGCAGUCCGAUUCGUCGCCGCUGAUGGCGCCUGUACCGAUGAAAGACCCUUCCGAGAUUGACCUUGAGGCUGGUCCUGAUGAGCAAAUUCAAUGCCGAAUUUGCCUCGAAACAGAUGGUAGAGAUUUUAUUGCUCCAUGCAAGUGUAAAGGAACUGCAAAGUUUGUUCACCGAGAAUGUCUGGAUCAUUGGCGGUCUGUCAAGGAAGGGUUUGCCUUCGCUCAUUGUACAACCUGUAAAGCUCCCUAUUACAUAAGAGUACAAGGAGUUGCUGAUAGGAAAUGGCGUACGCUGAAGUUCAGAUUUUUUGUUACUAGGGAUAUUUUAUUUAUCUUUUUCGCUGUGCAGCUGGUUAUUUCUCUAUUGGCAUAUUUGGUUUAUUUUGUUGAUGGUUACCAGAAAUUCUGGCUUCGUCUGACAUGGGGGUUUGAGGGAGAAAUUAGUUUCUACUACAUAUGUGGGGCAUUAUUGUUUUUUGCUUUGUUGGGCUUGUCCGGGUGCUUCAUAACUUGUUAUGACAGAAGAGUGCGCAACGAUCUAGCUCAGCCAUGUCGAGAACUGUGCCUCUGUUGCUGUCAUCCUGGUAUAUGCGCCGACUGCCAUCUGCCUGGCACUCUGUGUAUGUGGACUGACUGCACCACAUGCUUUGAAGGCUGUGCUGGUGCAGCUGGUGAAUGUGGCAGCUGCUUGGGAGGUGCCGGAGAAGCUGGAGUGCCAUUGUUAUUCAUAGUUGCUAUUAUCGUGGUGGGCUUAUUUACUGUCAUUGGGAUAUUCUACAGCAUGUUGGUUGCGACAAUGGUCGGGCAGAGGAUUUGGCAGAGACACUACCACAUACUUGCGAAAAGAAUGCUAACAAAAGAAUACGUUGUCGAGGAUGUUGACAGCGAGACGGGAGGCAACUGGACGCCGCCAGCUCUGCCACCUGAGCACGUCCAGCAGCUGAAAUCACUUGGGCUUCUAUAAAGGAUUGAUUCCCACAAGAGUAUGAGUAUGAGUACGAGUAUGAGUAUGCAGGCAGAAUCGAAGAGAUGGAGAGGCUUUGCACAUAUUAAGGUAUGCAUCCCUCCCAACUCCGGGGAUCUACCCUGUGCUAUGCUAUACUAUGCUGUGCUGUAUGUUGAUAAGUUAUGAUAGCAGAUUAUAAUUAUUAUACAGUUACAGCCGCACCUAUAAACUAACUGAUGCGGUUUAAUUUUCAGAAGGAGAGAUUUCAUGAUUUGAAA